UCACUUCUAAACAUUCACUACGCUCGAUAAUUCAGUAUACAUAUAUAUAUACAGUGGAGAGAAAUGGGUCUUGGGAGUUGUUAGCAGUAGUUGCAGAAGAAUCAUCACCUCAAAGUCAGUGGGAGGUGCAGUUAAAGAGUCCAGCUCCUGCUGAUGUGUAGGCCUUUGUUAUUUGGAUUGCUUGGGAUUGGAAGUUAUUAAUUGAAUAAGUCAAGCAAUUUGCAAUUGAUCGAUCAUAUGCCCUUAAAUACAAGAGCUCUGAAUCUCACUCUCACCCCACUACCUUUUAGCAACCAUGGCGAGAAGAUUACAAGGCAAGGUAGCCCUCAUCACCGGCGGAGCCAGGGGGAUCGGCGCUGCGGCGGCGCGGCUCUUCUCUCAGCACGGCGCCAAAGUCGUGAUAGCCGACAUCCGGUCCGACCUGGGUCGCUCCGUAUCCAACCAGAUCCAGCUCGAGUCGGGCCACCCCGUCUCCUACGUUCAAUGCGACGUGGCGAGCGACUCGGACAUGCAGAACGCAGUCGACGCCGCCGUUUCGACGUACGGGAAGCUCGACAUCAUGUAUAGCAACGCUGGGAUAGCAGGGGAGAGGUUCAACCCUCUGGCGAAGAUCAAGAAAGUAGGCAUACUGUCCGUUGACCGGGAAGCGUUCGGGAAGGUGUUCGACGUCAACGUGUACGGAUCGUUCCUGGCAGCGAAACACGCUGCCAGGGUGAUGGUCCCGCAGAAGAGCGGGACCAUUCUUCUGACGGGCAGCGCCGUGACGGCCAGCUACGGCACCACGCCGCACAUGUACUCUGCGUCGAAGCACGCUGUGGUGGGACUGGCGAAGAACCUGUGCGUGGAGCUGGGGGAGUUCGGGAUUCGUGUGAACUGCAUCUCGCCGUUUGGGACUCCAACUCCGAUGGGUGAGGAGUCAAUGGGGCUGGACGAGAAGACUCUGGAGGAGAUGUUCACGACGAUCGGGAAUCUGAAAGGAGUUGUUCUGAAACCAAAGGAUGUCGCGGAGGUGGCGCUGAGCCUGGUGAGUGAUGAGUCAAAGUACUUAAGUGGGUUGAACCUUUUGGUUGAUGGUGGUUUCUGCCUCAAGAGUACUUGAUUAAAUGUGUCACCACAUGCAAGAAAUGUAAUAAUGUAUUGUUAAUAUUGAGGCGAUGUGUAAUAUAAUGUCAAAAUAAGUAAUUACGGAGAAUAUGUUAACACUUGUUAUCCUUCUUCUAGUCUCUAUUCUGAAUCCUUUCUCUCUUUUCCUUGCUCAAAGCCUCAAACUCAGUGAUUAUCCCUCAAUGUCAUUACUUAAAAUUUUCACUAAAACAUUUGCUUCAAAACAAUGGUGGCCAGCCUGGCAUCCGCCCAGCCGGUCCAACCAGUUCAACCCAGCAUCAGCCCAGGAAUCAAUCCCGUCUUACUCACCCAUCGAUGGAUCUAGUUUAGACAAAGGCCAUAACAAACAGCCCAUCUACCAAAGUCCAAAGCUAAUGAAGGACGACUGAAGAAAAAAUCAUCAUCUCAUCCUCUUCGGCGGGCAUUCAGCUUCUUCACCAAGAACUCCUCCCAUCCACUUGCUCCAACCGAGCGAACCGAGCACAGCGUUCCAACCAACGCAUUGAAGAUCCAUUCAAAUCGAUCUACAUAGAAGCUCUAUGCAAGGGAAGAUCAGGCGACGACAAGCGGCAACAGUUUUCGACUCAUCGAGUAGAACAGGGAAGUUUUACGGGACGAUAGAAAUCAGAAAUGGGUUGAUUUAUUCGAAUCUAAUCUGCAGUCUUUUACAUCGGAGAUUGCUUCUGGGUUUUGGCAUAGAUAAAUCGCAUUCCAAUUU